UCAACUGGCACGACAGCGGACACUGGGUCAUCGGGUCAUCUGGCUCGACAGCGGGCAUCGGGUCAUCUGGCUCGACAGCGGGCAUCGGGUCAUCUGGCUCGACAGCGGGUACCGGGUCAUCAGGCAGCGGGCAUCGGGUCAUCAGGCAUGACAGCGGGCAUCGGGUCACCAGGCACGACAGCGGGCACUGGGUCAUCAGGCAUUGGAUCGUCUGGCUUGACAGCGGGCAUCGGGUCACCAGGCAUCAGGUCAUCUGGCUCGACAGCAGGCACCGAGUCAUCUGGCAAGACAGUGGGCACCGAGUCAUCAGGCACGACAGCGGGCAUCGGGUCACCAGGCAUCAGGUCAUCUGGCUCGACAGCGGGC